UAGUCAAGUCCUAAGUCAAAGUCCUCGUCUUCGUGUCUUCGUUGCACCAAAGUCUUGGUCUUUGUUCACCUAAUAAAGGUUUCAGUCUCUUGGCAAGACAAAGAGCUUCUCGUUAGUGCGUUGGAUCAAGUCAUUCCCAAAAGCAGCAUUAUUCUUAUCCCUCCGCAUCUUCUUCCUUUUUACAUGUACCCUCCUCCUUGUUUUGCUCCAAACACCAUCUCCAUUCGGAUGAGUCUUACCAUGUCGUGUUCCUCUCUCUCCUUACUAUUCAUCAUCUUCCUGGUGCCAGCUUCCAGCUACUUCCAGCCGUUCCAAGAUUGCGCUCCUUUUGUUUGUGGAGAUCAACAAAUCAGCUAUCCUUUCAGGCAUAAUGAACGACCAAAUCACUGUGGGUAUCCAGGCUACGAGCUUGGCUGUGACGGAGAUAACCUGACCCUGUCCAUGGCGUCCCUGGAAUAUCGGGUUACCCACAUGGAUAGGAGCGCACAGAUCCUUGAGGUGGCAAGGAUGGAUUUAUUGAAAGAUAUGUGUCUUCAAACAUAUGUUAACACCACUUUAGACUUGAAUCUGUUCAACUACACUUCCAGCGACCUCAAUUCCACCUUAUUCUACAAAUGCGACCCAUCAAUGAGCUAUCAACCUUAUGAGUUCUAUUGUCGUGCGUCUGGAGGUGGCUACCUUGCUCUCGAUGUGGACCUUGAAAAUCAAGUACACGAGCCAUGCAAUGUCAGUGUCCUUGUCCCGAUUUUAAAAAGUGAAGCUCUAGGUCCGUCACCCGCUUUGGAGGGAGGCGACUAUGGUAGAUCUAUUAGUGAGGUCUUGAACAAAGGCUUUGAGAUUACCUGGAUUGCCGACACAUCGCAGUGCGAAAAUUGCGCUAAAUCAGGGGGAAGAUGCGGGUAUGGCUGGACAAGGCAAGAUUUCGAUUGUUUUUGCCCUGAUGGAGCCCAUUCAACGACCUGCGAUGGACCUCUGGGAAAACAAAAGGUUGGAAUGACAAUUGGAAUAGGUAAUUAUUUCAAGACUUUUUCUUCCACUUCUCUACAAUCUCCUCUGCAAUUUGUUGCGACUUUUUGACAGUAAGCUUGCAU